GAAUAAUGUGAAUAUCAAUCAUGUCAUGUCAUCAUCUCCUAUCCUUCCUAGGGCCUAGGGCUUCUGCUCCGCAUAACUGUACACACAAAAUUCCUCCCUCCCCCUCUCCUUUUCCAUUUCUGUAUAGUAGUACUAAUGGUGAAAUCAACAAAGUCUCACCUCGACGAAGAUAAUGAAGCUGAAGACUACGACUCGUCGUCCUACAAAGGAGAAGCAGCGAAAGCAGAGAGUAAAAGCAAUGAACUGAAGGCGAAUGCGAACCGGUCCAGGCAUUCGGAGACGGAGCAGCGUAGAAGGAGCAAGAUUAACGAGAGGUUCCAGGCUUUGAGGAAUCUUGUUCCUCAAAAUGAUCAGAAAAGAGACAAGGCGUCGUUCUUGUCAGAGGUUAUAGAGUACGUUCAGUUUUUACAGGAUAAGUUGCAAAUUUAUGAGGGGUCGUAUGAAGGUUGGAGUCAGGAGCCAGCUAAAUUAUUGCCAUGGAAGAAUUAUCGUGCUUCUGUUAAAAGGAUACUGGGUCAUACACAAGUUAUGAAGAAUGGUUCUGCUCAUGAAAAUACUGUAAUGCUUGGAAAUGUACAUAACUCAAUAAAAUCUGACAUGGACACUGCUGCAAUGUAUAAAACCUUGGAUCAUUCCCCUGGGCCAACCAACCCAGCAAUUCCAUUUGAAUUGCAAACACAGUCGCGUGUAUUUGCUGCUGUUGGGAGGGGUGGUGUGCCUACAGAGUCUUUGCAGGAAUCUGUUUCUGACGCUGAGAACAUGGCUUACCAGCUUCAAUCCCAACUAUUGCAUGGUCAACCAUGUGCCACUGAGUGUAUUACUCCAAACAAUACAUUGAAUGGACAGGAGGACGUGGCGAGUGACAGUCAAUCAGUUAAUAUCUCCAAUACCUAUUCUAAACAGAUAUUAAAUUCUCUGACCCAAGCACUACGAUCAUCGGGUGUGGAUAUAGCACAGACAAGCAUCACAGUGCAAAUUGAUGUUGGCAAACGAGAAAAUGGUACAACUGCUGUGGCACCAAGUUCAAUGGAUCAGGUAAAUCAGUAUCCAAGUAAUCAACUGAUCAUACAAGAUGGAGUUGGGAGCAGUGUAGAAGACUUGAAUCAAGCUCACAAGAGACAUAGAAGAGAAAAAUGCUAGCGUAUCAUUCCGCACUUGAUGUGUCUACCUGCUUGAUUAUGCCAUUUGAUCCCUAUAUCGGAAAAUGUGGUGUUCACUUUUGUCCUUCCAUGAUCCACAGCCAGGUCCAGAUCAGCUGUACAUGUAUAUAUAUACACUCUUUGGUUUGUUUCCUAGUGGUGUGGAGUAUCCUGGAAGAAAGAUGACAGUAACUUUUUUAUCUUCUUUAUUGUUAUUCUCAUUUCAGAUAGAGGUUUCCAUUCAUAUAAUGAGAAGCUGCUUGUUAUUUU